AUGCGAUCCGACGUUCUCUUCACGAUCUUCGCCCUGGCCAGUGGUGCUUUCAGUGCGCCUGCAAGAAGCAAUCUGGGCCGUCGCGGGGAAGUCGGUCACGACGAGCUCAGUCCCAGCGCUCAGAAAGUCCAAGACAAUCCCGUUGGCAAGGCGAUUGAGAGAUUCAACCCAACUCUGCACAUUGCCCACGGAUGCCAGCCCUACACCGCUGUCAAUGACGCAGGUGACACGAGCGGCGGGUUGAAGCCGACGGGCAGCUCCACUGGAGGUUGCAAGGAUACUUCGAAGGGACAGACGUACGCCAGAGGAACAACGCUCAAUGGCAAGUUCGCCAUCAUGUACGCUUGGUACUUCCCCAAGGACAUGCCCAACGACGGGGUGCCUGUCGGAUCCCAUAGGCAUGACUGGGAGAGCAUUGUUGUCUGGCUGAACAACGCAAACCUCACCAGCCCUGCUAUCGUCGGCGGUGCGGCUUCUGGCCACGGCGAUUUCAAGCUGUCCAACAACCCCCAGAGAGAUGGCGACAGCGUCAAGGUGGAAUACUUCACUCAGGACUUGAUGAACCACGAGCUUCAGUUCACCGACACCACCGGCACCAAGUAUCCUGUUCUCGACUGGGAUGCCAUGCCGGCACCAAUGCAAACUGCGCUCAACAAUACCAAUUUCGGCUCGGCCAAUGUGCCAUUCAAGGAUGAGAACUUUUUGAGGAAUCUGUUGGAGGCUUCUAUUUGA